AUGCCGUCCUCAGUCCGGAGGCAGAGUCAACGGUCGUCGCAGUUCGUAAAAGGAGCUGCAAACCAUCUCUUGGAGGCCCUCUUGCCCGGCGGUGGCGGUAUUUCCUCUAUCGAAUUCUUCGCCUACAUCGCACCUUACUUCAUCGCGAUGGCCACAGAUACCUUUUACAAGCAGUGUGUAUCGACUAUCGAGAUUCAAGGACAUGACGAGAUCUUUACCUAUGUUAUGAACUGGGUUGCUCAGCAUAAUAGGCUAUCCCGCCAUAAUCAUCGCCUUCUUGCAUCCAGCAGCGCUACCAGCACUAGUGACGAACUCUCUCGCGCCAUGUUCGGUCGUCCCAGAACCAACGAGAAUGAUGAAGAAGAAGAAGAAGAAGAAGAAGAUUUAGGUGAUGAUAUCGACGCUUCGGCCAGUCUGGAUCUUCUCCGUUCCAAGAUCUCACUGUACAAUGCGCGACCUCUGCACUGGACCCCGGCUGUCGGGACACACUGGUUCUGGUACGAGAACCGUCCCAUCUCAUUCAUCAGAACUUCUCCCGCCGAUGCAAGGAUGCAAUCCGGUAUACGGUCUGAGGCCAUCACCCUCUCUUGCCUAGGCAGAAACCCCGACAUACUCAAACGCAUCAUCUACAACGCCCGCAUCGACUACCUAGAGAAACAACGUGGCCGAACAAGCAUCUUCCGCUCUACACAGACUCAUGGACGCCAUUGCUGGGCUAAAUCCAUAUCCAAGCCCACCCGUCCUAUGUUGACCAUCGCCCUCGAGGAGCACAUCAAACAGGGUCUUAUUAAGGAUCUCGCUCGCUACCUGAACCCGCGCACCAAAAAGUGGUAUGCUACGCGAGGCAUUCCUUAUCGACGUGGCUAUCUCUUUUCUGGCCCGCCCGGUACUGGCAAGACGAGCUUGGCGCUCGCAGCUGCUGGUCUCAUGGGCCUCAACAUCUACAUGAUCAGUUUAUCGUCUCCCAAUCUAUCAGAGGACGCUCUUGCAGGCUUGUUCCAGGCCUUGCCUCGGACCUGCCUUGUCCUUCUUGAGGAUAUCGACGCAGCGGGUGUUACAGCCAAGAGAGUAAAGGAGAAGAAGCCCAAGGUUGAAUCCACUGAAGGGUCCAGAAGAAUAGGACCGGGCUACUAUCCUUCUUCGCGAGACCCAAUCACGCUAUCAAGCUUACUCAACGUUCUCGACGGCGUGGGCGCACAGGAAGGUCGCGUCCUUGUCAUGACAUCCAACCACACCGAGAACAUCGACCCCGCCCUCAUACGACCAGGACGAGUCGACUAUACCAUCGAGUUUGGACUCGCAUCCUUCGAGACCAUCAAACAGCUAUUCCAAUUGAUGUACGGGACUCCAUACGCCGAAAGUGGAGUUGAACUCGACUCUGAGAAGAUUGAUGCGCUUUCUAUUGGGUUUGCUCAGGUUAUCCCAGAGCACACAUUUACUCCCGCGGCGCUUCAAGGGUAUCUUCUCAUGCAUCAGGAUGACCCUGUUGAAGCUGUCGCUGAUGCUGGGGCGUGGGUUGAAGAGCAGAAGCGUCUCAAGGAAAUAGCUGAGGAGAACGACAAGACAGAGGACACGGAUGAGCCCGAGGUAGACGCCAAUGAGAAGGCAGACUAUAAGAAAAAGUCAGAAGUAAAGGGCAAAAUGAACGGAGUGGCUACUAACGGAGUGGCUACUAACGGAGUGGCUACUAACGGAGUGGCUACUGGUCUUGCGAACCGGUCCAAGACAGAUGUAUGA